UAAACCUCUUCAGAAAAUAAUUUAGUUGAAAAGUGAGAGAAAUGGCGUCACAAUAAUGUCAUCAUAUUUAGAAAUUGAAAUUGGAAUGUAGUUAAAAUGGACUACUCUGAUGAAGUUUCGGAUAAACAGGAAAAUAAAUCAAAAUCUAAGCAAAAGGAUUCUCCAUCUUUCAAAAAACAAUCUGGUUUUGCAAAACUUGCUUCUAAAGUGACUCGAAAGAGAAGCUUAAAAAAGGAUAAACAAAGUAAAAAGGAAAUAUUGGAUGAUUCAGUGUUUUCAUCCACAGAAGAUAGUGGAAACUCAGCUUUAGACCAACCAAUAUCACCCGCUGACAGUGGUGUCUCUAAUAGCCCGCCACCCAUGAGUGGACCGACUCUUGUACCCUUGUCAAAAUCAACAAGUAAAUCUGAAGAUAGCCUUGACAGUGGAAUAUAUUCAAGGCAAAAAUCUUGUGACUCUGUGGACAGUAUCGGGAGCACUGAAAGCAACGGACACACAACUGAUCAUACCAGACCUGUUAUGUCAUAUACAACAGCUGGAGAAAACAAUUCAAAAUUAGACGACACAACCAAUCAUCAACCCAUGAGUGCUGGAAAAUAUGAUGACUUCUGGCGAGAGUAUCAGGAUAUACGUCAAAGUAUAAUUGUUCAAGAUGAUGAUUUCGAUGAUAGACGGAGUGUCACACGAACCGAUUCGGGAGAACAGACAGAUGACGAAGAUGAGGGUGACUGGUUCAGGCAAGCUGGUCUUGCAGACCUUGUUACAACUGCAGCUUUAUCUCAAGGAGCACAGUCAGGACCAAAUGAGGGAAAUAAAGAAAAUACAGCUGCAAGACUAUCUACAGACAGCUUAACAUCAAUGACUAUUUUAUCCACUCUUACUAGGCCGCAACGUGAGGCGGUUUUACGAAGGAUAACUUCAUUUAAUAGAGCACAAAAAUCUAGAAGGCGUCCUAAGCCUCAUAUCAAUGCAGUGUUUCCACAAAAUUAUGGCGAUUCUAAUACAAAUAAUGAAGGAGUUUCAGGAAAACCACCACUUGCUCCACCACCAUCAGUGGAAGUUACCUUGUCACCAACACCAACUACAGAAAAUAAGAAACAUCGAAGUCAACAAGCUUUACCUUAUAACAUAGGGGGGAUUGGUGAUGGUGAACCAUACCCUCGUCGUUAUUCUGAGGUCACACAUCGGCUCGACAGCAAUACCUUGCCACCGCCAUCAUCAUCAAAUACUCACUCUUGCUCUUUGUCUCGCUCUCAAGCUUUCUUACGUGCUCGUUCCAUAUCGGCUCCUAAUGAUUGCACCUCUCCCUCCGAUAAUGGCCCUUUGACCAGUUCAACUAGUGGUAGUGACACACCUGAUCAAAACGAAGCUGAAUUUGCUCAUUUCACAUUUUCUCCCGGAAGCUCCUCACCUAAGCAUAAAGAAUAUUCACAUCUCCCAUCAUCAGUGUCCUUUUCAGGUUCUGUGAAUGCUAAACCACCGUCAUUUAUUUCGCCCAAUAAAUCGUUCUUGCAUGGCGUAUCACAAACUCCAAAAGUUCAAUACUCGUUCGAAAAUCGUGUCUUAUCAAGUGAAUUCACAAGCCAUUUGUCUCCAAGUACAAAACAAAUUGUGGUUGAGCCAUUCGAGUUUUCUCCUAUCACCCUAACAACGUCAACGACCGCUACAAGAAAGACUAAAGUCAUACGCAGUACACCUACAAGCCCUAAUGUACAGGCAUUACAAAAUGAACUGCAUCGUAUCAAUUUGACAACCAGUGUAUUUUCAAAGUCUCCAUCCCCUAUUUCAUCAAUUUUACCGUCUAGUUCUCCUCAGCUCACAGUUGAUUGUGGGGAUACAGACAAGAUUUCCUUGCCGAAAGAAGUUUUCGACUUGAAAAAUACUGGUUCCAACCCGACUAUAGUAGCAUCGUCAAGCGAUGAAAAUCAGUCCACGGAUAGUAGUUCAGUUACCGAUUUACACGAUGAAUCUCAACAAUCGGAUGAUUCCUUCAUAUCUUUCACAUCCGCACUUAAUUUGUCUUCAAGUGAUGUUUUACAAUUUCCUAACACUCCAUGGCACACAUUACCUUCUAGUCACAAACCGCAUCGAAAUUCAUCGUUUCGGUCUCGUAGAACGAAAUCAACUACCUUGUCUCCUCGACGUAAAUCUUUGAAAUAUUUCCAAAUGUCUCUCCCAAAAGUUUCCACUCUGUCAGUCUCGAGUUUAACAACAUCUCCUACUCACCAUGGUUCGUACAAACUUAGACGUCAUUCUCCGAAACUGCGUCGACUGAAACGUGCAUCUAGCCUUUAUGGCGAACCUGCUUCAUUCAAGGGAACAUUGGACUCAUCUUCCAAGCGUAAAUCAUCAAGUGGAAUUGAAACAUUAAGCAUACAAACACGUUCAACAGAAGACACAAGUUGGCGAGAUAAUUUCACCGAAGACAAUAAUAACAAGAGCAAGCAACCUAUGAGCUACAGUGAAACAGCAGAUCAAGAAAACUUGCCAAAUUUUUCAUUAGUUAAAGACAGAUUGGGUAUAACAAGAAUAAGUGAUCUUUCUGCAAAAGAUAUUGGAAAAGUACAAAGUCUGGCACUCAUAGAAUUAACAGCACUUUUCGAUCUUCAUAAUAUUGAACUUAAAAGGAGGAAAUUUGGAAAACCAAAGAUAAAAGAAACUGGUCUGUUUGGUAUUCCACUUACAACGUUACUUGAAUCGGAUCAGAAAAGGCAAUCUAAUCCUCAAUUAAGGAUUCCUUUAGUCUUAAGAGAAACCAUUACUUUCUUGGAAAAUAACGGCUUGCAAGAUGAAGGCAUUUUACGUGUUCCUGGUUCAGCAGUCAGAAUAAAAAAUUUAAAACAGGAAUUGGAAAGUAAAUUCAGCCAAACAUCACCGACAGUUCUUCUUGAUUCAAAAGCAGGAUGGAAUGAAGCUCGUACAAAUGAUGUUGCAGCGUUAUUAAAACAAUUUCUCAGGGAACUCCCGAACCCACUCCUAACGCAAGAAUAUAUUGAUGCUUUCCAGUCAUGCGAUUUGAUUCCUGAUCGUAAACAACAACUUCAAGCUCUGAAUCUACUGAUUAUUUUAUUAAAUGACGUCCAUCGAGAUUCUCUCAAGUUAUUACUCAAAUUCUUAAGUCGUGUCGUAGCGAAAGAAGAAGUGAAUAAAAUGACUCUGAACAACGUCGCAAUGAUUAUGGCUCCUAAUUUGUUUAUGGCAAAGAAACAAAGCAAGAGGGGAGAAACACCAAGUGCACUUGCGGCAAGUCAAGAUGUGAAACAUGCAGCCGGUACAUCGAAUAUUGUCCGAAUGUUGAUAAAAUAUCAUAAGUUGUUAUGGACUGUUCCUACAUUUAUGUUAACUCAGGUACGGAAUAUGAAUCAAGCAGAACAAAGCUCUAAAAAGCAUGGACAUGGCCAAUCAAAAGAUAAGCUGAAGAUAAAGUUUCCUGGAAUAACAAAAUCAAAAGAUCCAGCUGCAAAGUUGGCAAAAUCUCCACUAACACAAGAACAACAGUUUGAGUAUGAAGUUCCUAAAGGUGUCAUUCGUGUCAAAGUAGAAAAUCACAGUAUGACUUCAAUGGCAGUCCAACUUGACACAAAAUCAUCAGCUGGGGACGUGAUCGGCAAAUUUCAAAAGCAAUGUGAAAGAAGGAAACAAAUGCAACCUGAUAGCGACAUCACAGUCAUCACAAAUGAAACCCAUGCUUUAUACGAAGUCGGUGGAAACAUUUUUGAACGUUGUCUCGAUCCUGGAACAAACAUGCAUGCAUUGACAAAGAUUAAUCCAGAAGCAACUUGGGUGAUCAAAGGACGAGUUGAUGGAUCUUGAAUUUUAGAUUUCCAAUAAAGUUCAUUGGCAUUAAAACUUGAGCGGGCUAUCCAAGAUGACAUGAUACUUUGCUUUGUUUAGCACCGCAAAAAUUGUAUCAAUAAAAAUAUAUGUUUUUCCACCUAAGGAUAAACCUUAGCUAAACAUAAACUCUUGAAUUUUGAAGUGUAGCUCAACUUCUGAAAUAAAUCAUAAAAAAUCUGACCUCGAAUUGUGUACAUUCACAAAAAAAGUAGUGAUAAUAUGCAAUAUAGUUUUGUGAUGCUGCUUUGAGCCAAUGUUAACUGCUAUUUGCUUUGUGGGGAUGCUCUUAUAUCUGCAAGUUUUAUAUUAUUGUUAUUGGUAUAUUUCAUGUCGGUCCCUAAUUAUGAGAUUAUAUAAUGCAAGGUUUGGCUUUGGCAAAAUCUAAUGAAAAAUGGUAUAGGAUUGGUCAUUUUUUUUAUCAUUCUUUGCUUUUGGCCUAUUCUCAAUGAUGGACUGCAUUGUAGUAUAGUGUAAAAUUUGUUCAUAACUUAGCUAGCAUUCCACCGAAGUCAAACAGAUAAAUACCUCCUUAUGAAAAAAAAGUAAUAUUCAGCUGCUUAGUACAAGCACUCAAUUGUGCUAUACUGCCAUCACGUCGUUUCAAAGUUCUUUUUUCAGCAAUACUUCAUGCUUGCCAGUUAAAGUUUUAUCUAAAGAAGCAUUUAUUGUUAGUCGAAUUAUAAUGUAUGAAUAGAAACUCAAUUUUUUUUUGAGUUUUUGCAUAUAAAUACAAUUGUUUACUUAUAUUAUAUACUUUGUGCGGAAAUAUUUUUAGUAGAAAGUGAAGUUGUUUAUUCCUUAAUGAUGGAAUUUUGUAAUUGAAUCAAAUAAUGCCAAAUGUAGAUAUAUUUCAGAUGGUUGUUAAUUAACAUUAUAUCAGAACAGAUUACAUUGUUUACUAGAAAAUGCAUGUUAGUUUUAAGUUUAUUUUUGUUGUCUUAUUAUGGACCAAAAUUAUUGCUUUUGAGGACCAAUUUUUGCCAAUGACCAAUUAUCGUAUUUUUUGAACAAAGGCAUUCGAAACCUUCCUGAUAUAACAUGUAUUCCAAGACGUCGGGAAUAUUGUGUAAUCUUUCCAAAUCUUUGUUCGAUUCAAUAUUUUGAGUAAAUGCCAAAUUUUCACUUUGUUAAAAUUAUUAUAUUGAAUUAUAGGACCAAUUUUCCCAACUCAAAUCUUGAGAUUUGUUUAUUUCCAAACUCAAAUUUCUCAAUUUAUAACUGUUUAAUAUAAAUCUGUACAACAUCUGUGAUAAAAUAAAUUGGAACGUACUAAUGUACAGCUUACUGUGUGAUUCUAUUGAUAAAUUAUAUAUACUCCUUGCUGAAACGCAAAUAUGGCGUUUUUUAACAUGUUUACGGUAGUGUCUGAAAUUGCACUAAUAUCAUAUUGAUAUACUGUGAUUCUAAAGAUAUUGGAAAGACUGUCGUUAUUUUUUUUUAAUCAUUUCUUCGUUUAAUUUGAAAAAAUAUGAGAUUACUAUCUACUUGAUUAAUGUCUAAUGCACUUCAUUUUGAGGUACUUAUUCAUAUUUUUGAAAUGGCAAGUUGGCGACACAACUAUACUUUAAUAUAGAAGUAAUAUCACUUCAUAAUGUAGAUAUUCAAUUUCAAUUCGUUUCUUCUCAAAUACUAAUCAAAUAUGUUCAAAUCUGGAUUAUGUUAAAGUUUAAUUAUCCAACUUUUAGGCUUAUGUGAAGAUCCGUAGUACAAUUUAGCUUGUGUUAUGAAUCUAAAUGGAAAAUAAUAUAUCAUGAUAUUAGCCAUUUUCAAAUGGUAUACUUUAAAAUUUUUAUUAAAUAUAU